CGCUACGAACACGCGCACUUGUUUCCGACCCUGCUGCUGUUGCAGUUGCCGAUUUUAUCGCAUUUUCUGGUGUUUUCGCUACAAUAUUGUGCGCAGUGCGGAGAAGCGGACGGCCUCGACCACCUUCCCCCGAAGGAAGAGCGAAGGAGAGGAAGAAGAAGAAGAAGAAGAGAAGGAAGCGGAGCCGGUGUGCAGGCUGUCCUUUCUCCGGAGAGUCCACAGGAGGCGCUCCUCUCUGUCCAUCCCCGCUGGUGUCUAGAAUUGAGGCAGCAACAUGGGCAUCGAGUCUCAGGAGGCCACACCCACCAGCCACAGCCUGAGCCCUGCGCAGGUGCAGAUGUUCCAGAGGGCCGAGCCCAAAACUCUAGGGGCCAUCCAGAUCAUCAUUGCUGUACUGACCUUGUGCUUGAGUGUGACGCUGCUUCAACAGCAAAUACACUUUUCUGCAGACAUCAAAGUGCUCUGCGUGGUCUUUGGACAGCUCAUCCUCUCCGGAGCAGCAUUUGUCCACGCCGGCAGGAGCCCAUCUGUCUUCUGGGUGAAGGCCACUCUGGUGCUGCAUCUGGUGAGCGCUGCCUUUACCACAGCGGCCAUCGGGCUUCUGUCCAAACACCUGCCCUAUCGGCAAGACGCAUACCACUGUGAGCACUGCCUCAGGCUGGAGCACUACUCUGUGAUGCUCAUCGACGGAAUCCUCGGCACUCUUAUUCUGUUCCUGGUGCUCGAGCUGCUCAUCUGCAUCACAGCGCUGCUCUACGGGCUCAGUGCUCUGGCCAACGGAUCUUUCCCGCUUGUUGUCGGCAGCCUCGUGGUGUCCAGACCUCAAUCGCAGUCCACCGUGGUCCGUCCAGAGCCCCCUGCACAGCAGCCCCAGGUGAUCAUCUCCAGCCCAGAGAGGGAACUAAUGCCAGAACUGGCCACGCCAGUGGAUGAGCCCCAGGUAGCGCCUGCCGACAUGGAGGCGCAGCCAUAAGGAGGGGGGGUCCUCAGCCACGGCUCAGCUCCUCCGGGUGAUGGAUGAUGCCCAUUACCGGUACCGGUAGUUUGCUGAUAAAUCCAAAAGUGGAUCAUGAAUGUGUUUGAGGAACAUGACAUUAUAUUAAAUUAAGUCUGAUCAGAUUCUGUCUUGCUGGAAUCAGUGCUGAGGCUGAAACUAGAUAUGAUCAUGUGCAGUGUGUCAUCUUCAGACGUACAGUAAACGCACCUCACCAUACAUGUCAACAUCAUUUUUUUGCAUGUCAUUUUGUCACUGUUUCCUGAUUGGUUAAUAAUCUUUCCAAAUUGCCUGCCAUUUAAUCAAUUUAAUUUAGGGACAAGCAAGGGAUUUUUUUUCUCCACUGAGGAAUAUGGUGUCACGACACAAAAUAGCCGUAAUUAAAUUAAACAGUGGGCUUUAACUAGCUUGAAAUGGUAAAAUCACGUCUGAGUUUUUACAUGUUUCAUCAUGGACAAGUGUGAUGCUCUGAAGUGCAUGGAAUGUACAUUCUGGUGAUAAUAGUGCUGAAUGUUGUCUGUACUUUCAUCCUACUUGCACUGCGUGACUGUGGUGCCCUCAGCCUUGGCGCCCACUGCUGUAACGUCGCCAUAACUGCUUGUGUGCUGUGAUCAUGUGGAAUGUCCUUCUAGAAGAGCGUAACAAACAAGUAAGAAGUACAUUGUUGUUCGAGCAAGUUGUCGGUGUGCUUGUGUUAUUUAUAGAAGAGUGUUACACUUUCUGAUUAAUUGGAUAAUAAAUAAGACAAAUACCUGAGAUUUAGAUAGUGCUUG